GUGGUAUGGGGAUUUAGGCGCUUUGUGUUGCUAGUAGCAACUCUUUUGUCCCACAGUAAUAAACAACACACCCGCAGAAACUUUGCAAAUCAGACACGCUCCUAGUUGGUAACAAGGAUAUCUGAAACCGCAGCGACUACAGCAACAAAGGUAAAUCUCUACAGCACAGACCAUUUCAGCAGUCUGAGAAGGAAUCUGUAAACCCUUACAUCCGGCGGGCAGCAUCUUCCACCGUCCCUUUACUGUACCUUGUCCAUGCACAUUCAGUAGAUUGUUGCCCUGAUCGGGGAGAUAGCAUAGCAUCAGUUUGAAUUAACCUGUGCAGCUAUGGCAGCGGUAGGGACAUCUAGCUGGCCUCCAAGGCAGGCUGCCAGGACAUCCGCUAUCAGCCCUUUUCCUAAACUGCCAGCCAUUCCUCAUCCUAUAUCCCGGCUUGGCGAUCCAGAAACUAUAUCGUUGAGGGGCUACUCACGGCUUAGCGCCCGAGAGCCUGACUAUGGCAUAGCGGCGCCCCCUGUUGACAGGGGAGAAGGAAACCGGAGUUUGAUGAAGAUGAGAGACGGCAAUAGCAGUCCAGGGACGGGUCGAGACAGAGUGACAACUCCUCUUCUCUAUAAUAUCCCUGAAGGGGUGAAGGUGACAGUGGCUGCUGACAGCGACAAACCUCGGCUACCAAUAUUUGGUCAACGAACAGACCUACUGAGCCGAGCAGACAGUCACAGGUCUCAGGACAGUGGUAGAAGCAACUGCACAUCUCGACCAGGAACACAGUUUAGGAUUGAAGUAGAUGAGCUUGAACACCUAUUGCAGGAGAAAAUGAGAUCUGGUGGAUAUUUUCCUCUAAGACAACUCUUCAGAAACAAUGACCCAGAAGGCAAAGGACAGGUUAACAGAGAUGUACUACUUGUCAUACUUACCAAAUUUUUAGGAAGAUUCAUCACCCCCAAGCAAUUCCAGCAACUUCUUUUAAGGCUGAGGCUACAUGAAAAGAAUAUAAUCAAAUUUGAGGAGUUAUAUGCAACUCUUCGUGACCCUGCUCCAACAGGAAUUCCUACCUGGUUGGAUCCAGUUAGCAGAAAACCAACAGACAGACAAAUGAUGACUGCAUCCCAGGUCCAUGCACAGCUGAAAGAAAAGGCAAAGCAGAGAUUCUUAGAUCUGGCUGAACUUUUGCCACAGAAGAACCCAGGAGGUGCUACUAGGAUUUUGGUACCUGAGUUCCACAAUAUGUUGAACCAUCUUGGGUAUUCCAUGGAAGAUGAGGAAUUUGAAAAGCUUUGGAAAAGGUAUGAUACAGAAGGAACAGGGGUUAUUAAGGGAGAUGUACUACUUAAAAGACUGGGAAUUGAAUUUAGAAAUCCAAGUGCAAGUCAAGCAGCCCAUGAAGAACAAUUGGAUCCUAGUGGAUUAGCAGAUGAAAAAAGGCAGUGUAAACCUCUUUCCAAAAAUGAGCUUGAAAGGAAAGCCUCAAUCAACAUAGAAAAAUGGCUGAAAGACAGAUUUAGAGAGGGGUUUAAAGCCAUGAAAGAAGAAUUUGAAAGAUGUGAUUCAGAAAAAACAGGCAAGGUACAAAGGGAAGAUUUCUUUUUUGUCCUGGCAAAGUUUGACUUGCACUUAAAAGAAGAGCAUUUUAAACUUUUUCUGGCAAGAUGUGGACUUCAGAACAGCCCAUCAGGGGUCAGCUACGUCGACUUUCUCAGGAACUUUCAGGAUCGCAGUGAUAAGGGAAUUCCUCAUAAAAUUCUUUCUAAUUCCAAACACAGGUUUCACAGAGAUGGAAAUAUAAGUCCUGCCACCACUGUAACAGCAAUUGAAGCUAAACUGGCCAAUAUGUUUCAUUCAGACUUCCUUUCACUGCUGGGAACCUUCCACAAAAUUGACAAACUGGAGAGAAAUGUUAUUAGCCAGCAAGAAUUCCAAGCAGCCAUUGAAAGCAGGUUUGGUGUGGAGAUUAGUGAUGAAGAGUUUGAGCUGCUACUUGACAGAAUCCCCCUUGAUGAAGACGGGAAUGUCAAAUACCCCCAGUUUAUGGCCAUGUUUGAUUCACGGCAAGGAGUUCCCAGUCUUUUUGAUGACACAACAUUGAGCAGUAUGACUGCACCAAAAAGGGAGAACAAAAUGCAUCCAUAUCCAGCAUUAAUCCCAUCAGAAAAGGAAAGCAAGUUUGGAAGAACACCGGAACAACUUUUCAAGAUUAUAAAAAACUUGCUACAUAAGAAUUAUCAGGCAGUUGAGAAGGAGUUUGAAGAUUUGGAUGAAAUAAAUUCACGUCGUCUUUCACAGGAAACUAUGUACUUACUUCUGAAGAGAUUUGAUAUACAGCCAGAAGUAACACGAGGUGAGAUUCGACGACUUUGGGAAACACUGAUUACAAACCAAGACAAAACCCUGGACUUCUUACAGUUUGUCAGACAUUUUGGAUACUCCCCCAAAUCAGCUUGCUUUCCUAAUGCAAAACUCAGUCCUCCAAAGAAAGGAGAUGAUGAUUUUAAGAUCAGAUCCAAAAAACUCAACUGUGAUACCGAUAUACUUGUGGACCGAGUCCGUGCUAAGGUUGAAUAUUUAUGGGAUGACCUCAGACGAGAAUUCCUGGACCUUGAUCCUUACCAUACGGGCUUUGUUAGUAAAGAGGAAUUUCGCGACAUCUUGACAGAACUCUGUGUACACCUGAAUGAGUAUGAGUGUGAUGUGUUGGAAAAGAAAUUUGAAAUCAAUGGAGAUGGACGAGUGUCAUAUCUGGAAUUUCUAAAGCCCUUUGAAUUUCGUAAACGUAUGAGAAGGCACGGAGACAAUAUGGCAGCAGUGCUUCAGAAUACCCAUGACAAAAAUAGCCAGCUCCAACCUGGAAACCAGUCUCCAGGUCUUGAUCACCUGACUUCAAGGCUGCGCACCACGCUGCAAGGUGAAUGGAAGACCCUUCAAAGAGCCUUUAAGAAGCUAGACAACAAUGGUACCGGCUUUCUCUCAUUGCCGGAAUUUAGAUCAGUCCUCAAACUCUGCAAUGUCAUGCUAGAUGAAGAUGAAGUUUAUCAUAUAAUGUCAAAAUGUGAUCCAAACAUGGACGGUCACAUUGAUUACAAAACAUUUGUUGAGACAUAUAGGAAAGUUGGUUCACCAGCUCCAAGCAGAUCUGUUACCGUUUCAGCAUGAAAUAUAGUGAACGUUUAUUAAGAAACUCUGGAAUAAAGUGUUGUUAUGAAUCCUGGCUUAGUAUGUUACAAUACUUUCUUUAUGUUUUUUUUCUCAUUUUAUUUACUUGACACAGAAAGAAUGGUUUUGUUGAUGUGGUACAAAGAUUUCCAAAUACUACAUUAUAUAUUAAGAGAUAAUGGAGCAUUAUUGUAUCUUCUGAUAGUGCCUUGUGCUAAACAAACAUUAGUAUAACUUACAUGCAAUGUAUUAUUAACAUAUAUGAUUAACAAAGGCCUUGCAAAAUAUUUACAGUCAGAUGAGGAAAUACAUAUGUAGAAGUCAAAUAUUUGGGAUUUAACAGUAAAUGACAAGAUAUUACAUAUGCUAAAUGGUGUUUAAUAAUAAGCACAAUGCAGUUUAUGCAUGGAAUAAUAAAAUAGAAUGUUGAAAAUCAUUAGUAUUGAAAGCCAUUCUGUGCAUUUUAUCACCAACUCCAGGAAAAUAUACAAUUCUGUGGAAGAGUUAUACCGAAAUGAUGUAUUUGUUGCAUCUGUUCUUUUAUGUCCUUCAGCUCUACAUCCACUUAUAUUGCUUCAUUUAACUUUCAGGACACAUUUUGUGACUGUGUGAGCUUUUCAUCAAUAAAAACAUUGUAAAUACA